AUGCCUCUUGUGAGCUCGAGCUCCUGUGCUGCGCUCGUGGAGCUCUACACGCUGAGUGGUCUCUUAAUGGAAGCGAGGCAGCUCAUUGAAAGAAUGCUCCAAGUUGAUAUCGCGUCGUGGAACAUGUUGCUCGCGGGGUACUCGCAGAACAGCUACUGCAAAAGAACUUUCGAUGGGAUCUCCAGCCGGAACGAAGUAACCUGGAACUCCAUGGCCGGAGCUUACGUCCAGAACGGGCAGCUGAGUAGAGCCAUCGAAAUGCUCGAGCGAAUGCCGCAGCUUGCUCUGAUUUCCUGGCACAUACUCCUGGGAGCUCUCGUCCAGAACGGCCGGACUCGAGAAUCCAUCCAUCUCUUCCACCAAAUGCUGCUCGAAGCAGUGAUCUCAUAUGCCGUGGCUCUCGUGAGCGUUCUCACUACUUGCAGCCAUGCAGGACUUGUAAGUUCCAGCCGCCUCUACUUCACGUCGAUGCUUUCCGACUACGAGCGAGCACCUGUUGCGGAACAGUUUUCCUGCGUGAUCGAUCUUCUGGGACGUGUUGGAAGGCUAGAAGAUGCGGAGGUGUUGAUUAAUGUCUUGCCUUUCGCUCCAAGCAUCGUGGUGUGGGGAGCACUGCUUGGAUCUUCUAGAAGAGGCAGAGGGGGAUUUGGGCUAGAUCUGGAGCAGGUUGUCUCAGACCCGUUCCCAGAGGUGGAACAAUGGAUGCCCACUGCUAGAGUUCUGUCAUGCAUCACAACAUGCGGCAACUCCACGGAUUCCAUGGGCCACUACAUUGCUACAGUCCUGGGCCCCCUAGCGUGGUUCUUCAAGCAAGUUGAGAAUGCUGCUCUAUCCCUGGCCUCGACGGAUGAAAACAGGGCCGUGGACUCGCAUGCGGCCACCGAAAGAGUGUUUCUUUCAGUUUUCCCAAGAACCAGUAGGAGAAUUUAUCGCACAGUAGCUCGUGACUCAGCCUUUGCAAACAUGUUGAAGGCUGCCUUGAUGCACGGAUCUUGA